UGAAAUAAUAUUUUUUACAUUUUUAAAUAUUUUUUUUGUUUGUUUCCUUAUUAGGUUAGAAGUUUAUAAGCAUCAAGAGACAUGGCGAUGUACUCAAACUCACUAGUGUUUGUUGUUUUAUUAUUUACCUCUAUUUUCACCAAUUUGUCCUAUAAUUACUGCAUUACAGCAUUUCUCUUUCAAACAGCGGGUGGCAGUAGUGAUCUACGAAUCUGUUCCUCGACCUGUUUAUAGGAGAAGAAAUAUAUAGUGCGUCAUAUCCCUUCAAACAGAGCCGCGCUAUGGCUAUGAGCGAACAGAAAUGGAUACAGACGUUAACUCGAUUUCAGGCUCAAUGUCGUGGUUCUGUGAUGAGGAAAGGUCUGAGUUUGGUUCAGACUCAGUUUGAAGAGAUAGUGCAAGAGAUUGAUGGAGGAUUGGAUCACCUGCAGUGGAGAGGAAACAUCAUUCCCAAACCUCACUUCACUGACACUGAAAGCCUAUUGCUGCAGUAUGAACGGUCCAGGUUUCGGUCCCAUGACCUUCUGGAUGAUUCAGGGAGGGAACAGAAGACAGAAAAUGAUGGCAGUGAGAAAUCUCUCCUACAGUCUGAAAUCCAGGUCCCGGAGAAAGACGAAGCUACUGAAAAAGCCAGCAGAGACACUUCCACCUCUGUGGAGAGAGGAGACAAUGUGGUCAUAAGAAACCUGAUGGAUGAUUCUACUGCACUGUGCAGUAUCAUGAAUUCAGAUGUCAGCCUCAGUGGCUUAUUUCAGACAGGACCAAAUUUGCAUUCAGUUUUUAAAGAGACUGCACAUACUCCUGACUCUCUGAAGCAGCAGAGGAGCACUUUAGCCAUGGAGUUGCUGUGGAUCCAACAAGCCAUCAGUAGCAGAAAGAAAUAUCUUACACUUAAACAGAGAUUGGAUGUGCCACACUGAUACUGGACCAGUUCUGAAGCUGUAUUAUUAUUAUUAUUAUUAUUAUUAUUAUUAUUAUUAUUAUUAUUAUAUCAUUUACAGCACAUGAUGUUUGAGAAUUGUAGUAAAUUGUAUUUAUUUAUAAGCUAGUGCAGUCCACACGUUAGUGUUAAACAAGAUUUUUAUUUUUGUAUGAACUGUAUUUCAGAAAUAAAUAUAUGCACAUGCACAUACUUUUUUUCUGUUUCACGAAAAAACAUACUGUUCAAUCCUGAAUGGAUCACAAAGACUCCCGAAACUUAAUCUCACAGUUCAGCCAAUGUUAUAUUUGAAUUGUAUAACCCAGGGGUAGGCAAGUUAGGGCUAAUCAAACACACCUGAACAAGCUUAUCAACGUCUUCAGGUUUACUAAGGCUACAGGCAGGUGAGUUUUUUUUUUUCAGGUUUGGAGCUGAACUCUGCAGGACUGCGGCUCUCUAGGACCGAACUUGCCUACCCCUGGUAUAACCACAUGAGAAAUGACCUCUUGGUGUUGCCUAGAUUCUUUCAAAGUUUUUUUCCUCCAUUUUACAAAACCAGUGUUUUCCUUGCCUUGCUAGAGCUGCAUUUGGUUUGCACACCAGGGUGUUAAAUAUUUAGAUUAUUAAGAACAAUAUGUUAUAUUGGAAGUAUUAUGAAAAGUCUUCCAAUUAACCCCUUAGAUUAAUUACAGUUUAUGGGUGGGCUAAAUAAUUAGUAUUUUAACCCUAUCUAUAAUAUGCACAAUUUAUAGUUUUUAUUGUUGCACAAUAUAUCAAAUUUGCCAAAUCUGACUAUAGUUAUUGUAAACAUGUCUGUUAGGCUGCUUUGAAACAGUUGUGCAAGCUAUUCAAAUAAAAUUAAUCUUGACAACAUACAAUCCACAAAAUGAUAUUAUAAUUGAAUUACAGGAAUCCCUGUUCAGUUACAUUAGAACAAAUUUAUCCCGUUUAAUACAGAUUUUUUUCCCAGACCUGAAAAUAUCCAAAUGAUGUGUCACACUUUGAAAUGAUCAAUAAUUUUUUUUUGAAAAUUCUUUGAAAAUGUUUUAAGGUUGGUCACAAUUGUGGGAUAAUGUGUAUACUGAAUUAACAUAUUUCUGCAAUA